AUGUGCCCAGUUUGUCAUAAUGAUGAAGAAACAAUUAUUCACAGCUUAGCAUCCUGUUCUUUUGCCAGGCAAUGUUGGGAUCUCUUACUUCCAAGAAUGCAAUGGGAUGUAGCAGUGGACUUCAGACAGUGGUUAGUGUGUCUUUUUAACUCAGUAAGUGGGGAGAAAUAUGCUGAGAUUGUUGUUCUAUGUUGGGCCAUCUGGAGAGGCCGGAAUGACCUUGUAUGGAAUCAAAAAUCAACAUCGGUUGAAGGAGAUGGAGCUUGUGUAUGGGCGAACCCGUUACCAAAUAUAGUUAAGGUGUCUGUUGACGCAGCCGUUUUUGGGGACCGUGGUGGUUUUGCCGUAGGGCUGUUUGCAAGGGAUUCUGAUGGCUUGUUGGUUGAAGCUAGGGCGAAAUUCUAA